UCGUACAAUGACUGUGUAACUUGUCGUAUCAUAGGAAGCGGCGCGUUCGCUGCUACCGGCAUCUAUACACUAAAAAUGGCCCGUCCCAGUGCACUGGGGAGUAUGGUUGGCAAAAAGAUUAUGGGUGGACUGGGAGUCUGUUUUUUAGUGGGGAGCGCGCUGAGGUGGCGAAUGUGA